AAUGACCACGCCGGCCAACACCGCCACGCCGACUGUUCCCGCCGACGCUGAGACCACCACCGCCACCAGCUUUACUACAGUAGCCACCUAUCCUCCAUCAGACAGCAUUUGUGACUUCGAUCAGGGCCUGUGUGGGUGGACUCACGACCGCAACGCCCCCCUGCUCUGGACCCUGCACAGCCACGAGCUCAACAGCUACCUGCACAUGGACGCCAGCCUAAAGACGGAGCAGCAGCAGGCCUGGAUCGUGAGCCCGGUGCUGGGGGCCGACAGCGGGCCCCUGUGCCUCAGCUUCUCCUACCAGCUGUCGGGGGAGGCCCAGGGCCACCUGAAGGUCCUGCUGCGGGACGCCCACAACGAGGAGACCGUGUUGUGGACCCUGAAAGACGACCAGGGCCCCGUGUGGAGGGAGGGACGCACCAUCCUGCCUCGCUCCCCCAAAGACUUCCAGGUUGUGAUGGAGGGUUUCUUCGUGCACGGCACCAGAGGACACAUCUGGAUAGACAACAUCCACAUGAGCUCCAGCACGCCCCUGAAAGAGUGUGGGUGUGUGAUACUUAUAAUCCUUCCGAAGGAGAAGGACAAACGUGUGACCGUGUGCCUUGCACGAUUGACGACAGGAGAGACUCAUUUGGGAAGAGGAGACGCAGGACGCGACAAGACGAGUCAGUGA